CUCUGAUCCCUCUCAGCUGACGUCAGGAGAAAUGGCGGACCUGGACGGCAGCGACGCAUCUUCUCCCGACUCUCAAGCGUCUUACUCCCAGUAUAGAUCAGAGGAUGGCACAGUGUCAUCAACCAACCGCCGGGGCUCCUCAGGCUCCGGGCAGACCUACACUCCCACCCCUAUCCCCGCUCCAACCCCAAGUCACACAACCACUGGCAACAGCCCCAGUAACAAUGCUGCUGCUAAAAUGGACUCGUUACUCUUCAACAGGAUUGACGAGAGACAGAAGUUGGCCCGCGAGCGCCGGGAGGAGCGUGAGAAACAGAAUGCUAUCAAGAAGGCGGAGUGGCAGGCACGUGAGGAGCGAGCCCGGCUGCAGUAUGAGAAGCACCUGGAGGAGAGGAAGCGAAGGCUCGAGGAGCAGCGGGUGAAGGAGAUGAACAGACGGGUUUCCGUUGCUGAGCAUCGACGGCAGAAACUGGAAGAGGACAUGGUUCGUAAUGAGGCAGUGAUGCGUCGGACGCUGGAGAGGAGCCAGAGAACCAAGCCGAAGCCCACCCGCUGGUCGUGGGGAGGGGCCCUGAGCACAAACACUCCCAGCACACCGGCCGAUGGUGACAGGCGGUCAGUGUCCACAAUGAAUUUAUCCAAACAUGCAGACCCUGUGAUCACCAAGCGCCUCUCUUACUCCUCCGCCACACUCCUGCACUCACCAGACCGAGGUUUACAGAUGAGAACAGCCUCCUCCCCUGUCAUUAACAAAGCUCAGUCCAAACUCCGCCUACAUCAAGGAAAGACCAACCUGCACAGAGACACAGGCCUCCGCCGUCUUCCAUUGACGCCGUGGGAAAGCAAUGUGGUCAACCGCCUGCAGCAGCCGACACACUCCUACCUGGCCCGCAGUCGCAGUGCCAUGAGUCUUUCUGGAGAUCAAGCAGUGUCUUGCCAGCCCGGUGGCGCCAUGUCCUUCAAGGCCCUGCAGGCGCAGCCGCUGCCUCACUGCCGCAGCCAGGAGAGGAGCCUCAGCAGGGAGACGGCCUCGUCCUCCUCCACCACCCCACGCCGGAGGACAACCGGAACCACACAGCAGCGAAAGCACUGUGACCACGUCAGGAAGUCCUGGAGCAACCUGUCACUCCCACUGGUCCCCAUUGUGAUGGUCCCCCCCAGCAAACGCUCCUCUUCUACAGGCAAAAAGAUCAGUAAAACGACAGCACCUUCUCCUGGCAGGCCUCCACAGAACCCAGCAGGUCGUCCUCCGACCCCCAAGCUGCUUAAGUCCCCAGGGACAGAAGACCCCGGUAACAUCCGGCCUUUCAUAAUCUCACACGACAGACCCCACUCCUCGACACCAAAAAGAGCCCAACCCGAAGAAGAGGAGCAAGAACAGGUCCUCAGCCCUCCUCAGCGGCGACCUCAGCCGCUGGGUCAGAACAGGACCUCGAAUGAGCAGACGCCAACGGCACCAACAGUUUCCAGCGAGAGCAUAAGCAGUCCUCCAGGACAAAGACUUUCAGCAGGCACCACAGAUCCAGAGGAGGCGAGUCGUAUCCUGGCUGAGAACCGACGGCUGGCCCGCGGGCAGAGGGAGAGAGACGAAGAGCAGCGCAAGCUCCAGGAGGAGCAAGCCAGGUUAGCAAAGGAGGAGAUGGCGCGCCGAAAAGCGGAGGAGCGGGUAAAGAGAGAGGAGGAGUCUCAGCGGCAGGCAGAGGAGAGGAGAAUGAAGGAGGAGGAAGAGAGGAAGGCAGAUGAAGAGAGGCUUGAGAAAGAGAGAGAAGAGGCAGAUAAACUCCAGAAACAGAAAGAGGAAGAGGAGUCUCGACAGAGAGAGGAGGCAGAGCGAGUGAGGCAGGAGAGAGAUAAACACUUUCAGAAAGAGGAGGCUGAACGCCUGGAGAGAAAAAAGCGCCUGGAGGAGAUUAUGAAGAGAACGAGACGUUCAGAUGCACCAGAGAAGAAAGUUAUUCCGAGCAGGAAUGGAGACAGUGCAGCCUCUCCUGCUCCGUCAGCAGUGAUGACAUCACCGACACACAACAGCAACGGUCAACAAGCUGAGCCCAACCCAAACCCCAGCACCGCAGCACUGAGCCAUCCUGACCAGAGGGAGAACGGAGAUUUCGAGGAGGUGAUCAUACUGCCUUCCCAUUCCAGGUUGUCUCCUCCUGAGGGAGAGGAGCAGCAGCAGCAGCUGGAGGAGGAGAGAGCUCCUGUCAUAGCCUUCAGGGAGAACGGUCUCCUAAAGCCUCUGAGUGGAAUAGAGGAAAUAUCAGCCCAGCAAGGACCAGAUGUUGCCUGAAUCCACCGUGAGGCCGAGAGGAUUCCGCACCCAGAGAGAGAGACGGGCAGGGAGGUGGUCAGAGUCAGAGUUGGAGAAACAACAGGUCUGCCGGACUGAAUCCAAAGGAAGCACUUGCAGCACCUGGAGGUUUGACUUUCUCACCCUGGCCCAGCAGAGCACGCAUCCCAAAGAUGGCGUCUCCCAAAGAUCUACCCUAAAAAUUAAAAAAAGCAUCUCCAGAGAAAAGUUCACUUUUAACCUCAACAAGACUCUCUGGGGGAACAGUCUUUCUUUCUCUUACCACGGUUAGACUCGACCAUAAUAUUUGUUCUGUGUGCAGCCCUAACUACCCGAGUGCCCUGAAGCAAGGGAGGGCAUUGAGCGUUUCAUCUGAGUGUGUGUGUGUGUAUGUGAGAGAGUAAGAGACGGUUAUAGUGAUAUAAAUGAGAUCAGUUGUGAUACUUGAAUUUGUUUGUGUAGAACAUACUGUAAUCAGAUUGACUGAAUCAGCAGUGAAGUUGUACCUGGACCUCACACAGCAGGAUCAGAGCAAGAGCUGGGAUGACAUCAGUGCAUGAUGUUGCAUUGAGACGACAGUAAAGGUUUGUUUCAUGUAAAAUAUAUUUUGCUGUGUGUAUAGUGUUUAAAAUUAGAGGUUAUUAUUGGGGCAGCGUUGGAGUAUCAUGGAGUUUAAGUUAAAUUAUGAAAUCACUGAGGAUUAAUGUGUAAACUACCGAUUUCUUUUGUUUAGUUUUAAUUGCUGUACAGAUAAAAAUGUGAUUCUCUGUUUCGCGCUCCUAUCUUUGCUUUCUGUUCAAAUUUAGAGAAAAAGAAAUCUGCUCUGACGUCAAGUCCUGCCCCUUUUUUCUUUUCACCCGUUUACCCUGUCAAAGCCUAGUCCUCCCUCUAGUCGCACUGUCCAACCGCGGCAGGUGAGCAGCAAUAUUGUUUCCGAGUUUGCGCUUUAUUCUGAACGGGCGAGGAAAACAAUGUACUGCUGAUGUUAAUUUUGAGAUAAUCAUUAAUUUGAUCUUUUUAUUUUUUAUGAUGAAAUGCUGCUAAUUCUUGACGUUCCUUUGCCUUACCGCAUUAUAGGAAGAAUGAGGUGCUUGUCUAUACUCGGAACUGAAAUUCUAAAUAUGCAUUCCCGGUUUGAGCUUUUGACAUUCUGCCCACAAACUCUACAGUAGCUUCCUUUACUUGAUUUAUGUUGAAGUCUUAGAGAUCAUGAUGAAAUGUUAUGUCAGAGCUGUAAUGUCAAAUAACUGGGUCUUUAAUACAGCUUUUCACUGAGGAAUGAUUAAAGAGGGUGGGUUCUCGUAAAACGCUGUUAACUAACGUGAUCUUUGUUUCCAUCUUUUUCAUUUAACUUCUCGGUUUUUGGUUUUCAAACCUUUGCACUUCAUUCCCGCUGUUCUUGCAGUACGACCAAACUGGAAGGAAACUUUAGAGAUUAUCCACAUCUUUAGCUGACGUUAUGGUUUCAGCCUGUGGUACAUAGCAUGUCGUUAUCGCCAUAGAAACUUGACUUGACUUGCAAAGAAACUGCUUUAACACAAGCAACAUCUCCUCUUAGGUAUAAUAUACAUAUACUGUAUAUCAUAUAAAUUGUGUAUAUAAAGUUGAUCUAUUUUACUAAGACUGACCAUGAGGUUUUGGAAACUAACAAGUCCUUUACUUCAGAGGCUGUGGGAUAAGAUCUUUGAACCACUGUAAAACUGAAAUCUUUGUACAACUGUUCAGCUGUGGCAGGAAAAUAAAACUUUUUGAAUUGAUUACCGA